GGCUCCGGGGCAGCCCGGCGCGGUGAUGGCCCCGGAGCCCCGCGCGGCGCGGCUGGCGGUGGCGGCGGCGCGGGCGGAGCUGGCGGGCGGGCGGCGGCUGCCGGCGGCCCGGGCGCUGCAGCUGGCCGGGGAGGUGCUGGCGGUGGCGGCGGGGCUGAAGCCGGCGCUGCUGUACGACUGCGGAGCGGCGGGCCCCGCCGAGCUGCGCAGGUACCUGGCCCGGCUGGGGGAGGCCGGGCUGGGCGCGCCGCGGCUGCACGUGCUGGGCAUGCAGGGCUGGGCGCUGCUGCUGCGGCCGCGGCGCGCCCGCCGGGCGGUGGCGGCGGCGCUGCGGGCCCGGCCCGCGCCCUUCGUGGACGUCUCGGCGGGGAGGCAGAGCCCGGCGCUCUGCGGGCCCCGGCAGGCCCAGGCCAUCAGGGGCCACCUCGCUGCUCUCCUCGCCCACCUCGAGGCCGCCGAGGCCGCCAGCAGCAGCCCCGUGUCCUGCAGCGAGGUGGUCCCCGCGGGAUGGAACCUCUGCACCGUCGCCGGGGUGCUGCUGGGCUACCCGGCCGUCUACACCUUCUGCACGGAGGAGGGCAGCGAGAACUGCCUGGCGCUGACGCCGCUGCGGGUGUUCACGGCCCAGGCCUCCUGCCCCAGGAUAAAGGACGGUCUGAGGGUCCGGAUCUGCUCCUUCAGCGUCCCGGAGAGCCUGUGCGCGGAGCUGAGGGACGUGCUGGACGCCUGGUGCGAGGAGCUGAAGGAGACCUUCAGCACACAGAGUGACUUCGUAGAUCUCUGCAUUUCGAGCGAGGUGGUGUCUCUUCCAGCAGUUGCUUUGUGAAAAAACACAGAAAAACUCAGACUUUUUGGCCUGUUUCUCACUGACAUCAGGGACCGAGGCUGUAUGUGCAGCCAACUGAGGCUCCCUCAAGAGGCCCCUGAGCACCAAAGGCUGAAAUGGGACAAUCUUGAGCCCUGGGCCUGGCAGGCCAGUUGCAAAUCAUGUACUUGUGCUUCGCAGAAGAGCAGUGGGUGGACACACGCACCCACAGCUGCUCAGCAGCCUCCAUCUGGACUGCAAGAGGAUGCCCUGCAAAGUCAGGGUGUAGUUGUCUGCUGAAAACAGGUUAAUAAAAAUAAAAUAUGGAAA